CCUCCACCUACCACAAUCUGAAAACAAUAAACUUUAUACAGGUGUACGUAACAUAUAGGUUCGUAAACCUCGCAAAUGAACGUUUACACAGAGACCAAAACAGUAUUGAGAAUCGUUUUUCCCUUCAUAUUCCAACAUGUUUUCCAUGUUUUAACAAUGUUCCCAGCGUUUAGAAUGGAGACUUCUCUUCGAACAAACCCUGUUGUCUGUUACUUUUUUCACUAUUGACAUUUGACAGGUGACGUACACUAAUUUCAAAUGUUUUCGCUUCCCCUCUCUGAACUUCAUUUGAAAUGAAAUAAAUAAAUAACAGAAUGCUUGCUAUUAUGCGAAGUACAUCAGUAAUCACUAAUAUCUCCCAAUGAUCCCAUUGUAAUGAUAAACAAUUAUCUGAUGAAACGCCUGCUAUCUUCAAAUUAUCGAUUUUGAGUAAGGAGUUGUUCUACUGAAAAUGCAGUUACAAUUUUUAUUGGAUUGGAAAAUCAUUUUUAUAGGAUUCGGUCUGUUACUUUCAGUAUCUGUAGUCAACACUAAAAUUGUCAUACUUCCAGUGAGCUCUGCAACAUUUCUAUUUUCUACAAUAUCAGUAUGGUUUCUUUCUAUGUGUAUUACCUUUGUAUGUCUUCACAAACUCCUACAGAAGAAUGAACCUUUGCAGUUCAUCAAAAGUAUAAAGCAAAGUGGAACUAAAAGGAAGUCGAAUCACAAACCAAAUCCUGAAAAACUUAAAAUUUUGGUAGAUGAUAUUGACAAAUACUUUGUCAGUAAAUGGUACAAGGAUAUUAGUAAUGAUUGUGACUUUACUAAAGAGAGUAGGUUGUUUUUAGAAGAAAUCAUUACCAGACUGGUAGAAGUACAAGCAGGGGUUAAUAUUAAAGUGGUUAUACAUAGCAUUCUGAAUAUUUAUCUUAAACACUUGAAGGAGUUCAGAAGAAGUCUGAAGCGUAGGGACAAGUAUGGUGGUACUGUUGAGGAACUAUACAGGUAUUCACACAUUUGCAGUAAUAAUUCAAAGGCGAAAGAUUAUUUCAUACAUCAUCUUACAAUAAACUUACUUCGGCACUUUAUCAAUUCGGAGUUGUGGAAUUCCCUGCCGUGCCAGAUUUUGGUUUCAAUCAUGGCAAGAAAACUUACUUCAUUUUUAUUGAAACUGAUUUCAAAUCCUGAAGUUCUGAAUUAUGUUUUAUUGAAAUCUCUGGCAUCUAAAGCCAUUAAAGAACAAUACAAGUUAUCUGCUUAUACUCGUAUCAGUAUUUCUCAGUAUUAUGACGUAUUGGAUUCCAAAGUAACACCUAAAAACAAAGUAGAAGGAAAGUCAACUGUAGAGAAUAAAAAUGAUGAUACAAAAAAGAAGAGACAUGUUGGUAAAGAAAAUUCUGGAAAGAUAAUGGAAUUGAUCAAAUCCAAUGUGAACAUGAAACAAAAUUCCACAGAACUUAAAAUUUCAUCAAGAAAUGGCAAAUUACUUUCAAACCAUCCCAAAAUCAGAAAUAGUACGAAAAGAAUGAAGAAACUUGACAGUGCAGAGGAACUGAAAGAAGAAUUUCCAGAAAAGCUUGAUACUACAGAUGCAGUUAAAAUCCAUGAGCCAAAUAUAAACAGAAGCAUCAAAACUUAUAGUGACUCCAAAGAUUUGGCACUGGGUGUUUCUUUAGGUCAAGAUCCGCUUGACGCCUUACCCGUGACAAUGGAAAGUACAAAACCUAUUGGAAAAACCAGUUUCUGGGAUCCUGCAAAACUUGAGCAUUAUGUAGAGGAAACUCCAGCACAUGCAGCCAAUAUUUUAUUGAAUGAAAUGAAACUUACCACUCACAACACUAUGGAAGGACUCAAGAGCUCUAUAAAACCUAUCAGUGAUGCCACUGUUCAUACCUUGCACAACAUAAAGGAUUUGCAAGAGACUACAGUGAAUAGUGCUUUGCACAAAAUUGGAGAUUUUCAGGAUGAAGCUGCUGGUAUGGUUGAAGGCAUCCUGGAUUUUGGCAGAGCUGGUUUUAGAAAAGGAUUACGACUCACUGGAUUACAAGAUAACAUCGAAAAUGCAAAGGCCACUUUUAAUAUUUCUUCCCAACCCAAUAAGUAUCUUUCAAAGAGGAGAUCCAGCAAAUCUGCCAAACAAGAAUCUCCUGUGAAAGAGCCAUCUGAAGACAGUUUAGAUACUGUGUGGAUGAAUCCUUUACAAAUGGAUUCUCCCAAUUUUGACGGACAAAUAUUGCUGUGACCGGUGAGCUGAGUCAUGUUUGCUAUUAACAGCAUGUUGCUGUUCACUGCUGCAUCACUGAAACCUUCCACCUGAAACGUUCCCGCGUACCACGUGUACGUGGUAUGUGUACCACUGGUUGGGAACCCCUGCCUAAGACAAUUAUAUCCAAAAGCGAGACAAAUUCUCUCUGUGUUUAGUAUAUAUUAUAUGUAUAGCUUCAUGCUGAUGUGAAAUUGAUGAAAGUUUAUGUUUUCGUUUUUUUUUUGACAUAUCUUAUCUAGUAAAAGCAACAUAAAGAUAAAUAUAAUAUCUGUCUAUUUAGGGUACACAGAAAG